AUGAGAGUUCAUCAAAUAAUAACUGGUUCUUGCAAUGGUGACUACUCACACAUUUCCCAAGCAAAAGUACGGGGUUCUAAUUAUAUUGUGUAUGCCAGUGGAUGUGAUAUAGUUAUAUUGAAUGAGUCCUUUUGCCGUAGUCAGAUUGCUGUCGCUAAUGCUAAAGGAAUAUAUGUCUAUGUCCCACAGGCAACAACAGAUGGUCUGCUAACCAAUUCAUCGAAGUUACUUUGGAGUUUUUCUAGUUACAUACCAUUACCUAAAUCUGAAGUGGUUUGUCUUUGUUGGUCGCAUAGACCAUGUUUUGAAUUUCCAAAUUUUGGCUUAUUGGCUGGUUUUGAAGAUGGACAACUAUGCAUGUGGAGAUCUGAUACAGUCAGCAAUGUUGUUCAUUCCACUCCUCGUUUUCACAUAGGAACUGAUUUAAUAGAUUUACAGGAUGAAACAGGCUCAAGUGGCUUGAUAAAUUCUACACCGGAUACUCAAUCAGAAUGGAGAGUUGUUUGGCGUCAUCAAAUGAAAGGUACCCCGCUACAAAUUGAUUUCAGUACUGAUGGUUUAUAUUUUGCUAGUAUAAUUAAAUGUAAUGAACCAAAUAAUAAUCAUGGAAUUAAAUUCAAUAAUAUCAUGCAUGUAUGGUUUCAUGAUCCUUGUUAUAAAAUGAAUCCUUUAAAAAGUCAUAAUCAUGAAGGCAAGUUUCAGAUGACAGAAAAUUGGGAACCGAUUCAUCUACCACAUCCUUGUGAUGUUUAUUCAUUUAAUUGGCGUCGUACAAGUCGAUAUCUUCCGAGUGGUUGGAUCCCGAAUGUAUUACUCACCGCUGGUGAAGAUAAUCUAUGUCGUGUAUGGGUGGAAGUUACUCAUCCUCAGCCGGGCUAUUCUUCAUUGUCAAAUACUCCACACAAGGCUGGUAAUUCUUCAUUGUUUGGAUCAACUCAAAUGGGAAAUGAAUCAGAUAUUCCAAUUUCGUCUAAAGUCAAAUUACGAAUACCUCAAGGUGGUAGUAUAGAUACCGAGGUAAAGUACAAAGCAACUUAUGAAUCAACUAAAGAGAUGAAUGAAUCUCAUGGAUUACCAUCUUCGCUGUCAUCAUGUGAAAAUUACAUCACCGUAGAAUUACCUGACUGCUUUCUGAAACAUCCUCUUUUAAAGCAUUUUCUAGAUCUAUGGUUAACUGAUCCAUUGUCAAAAAUUCAAGUAGAUUAUCAAGGAACAACAGCUAAUAAUGACGCCGUUGGAAAGUUGAAUUUUCCUGUCAAUCUAUCCUUCCCGCAAUUUACAUUUACCACCUCUUUACCAUUGGAUAAUUUUCCUGAGAUUAGUUCACUUCAUAGUACUACUACUACUACUACGAAUUCUUCAAAUAGAUCAUAUAUUGGUCGAUUUACAACACAUUGGUUCAAUAAUAAAGAAUAUCGUUUCAAUACUCAAUUAGAAAUAUUUAUGAUGGAUGCAAUAUCACGAAUUCUAGCCAUACCUGUGCAUAUUUCAGCUGAUAACACAUCUUCUUCUUCUUCAACGUCAUUGCCAUCACUAUCAGCAAAUAACAAUACUGUCUCUCCUGAAUUAUCAGAUCAAAUAGCAUUAAUGGAUCAAACAGUCUUUAAGCUAUUAGGUGAACUGCAACAUGCACCAGAUGUUGUAUUUGCUAUACAUCCAAUUGAUGGAAGUUUAAUUGUUUGGUAUAUACACGGUUUGGAUAUGUCUGUACCAAAUUCAAAGGGUAUACGUACUCAAAAAGUCUCUAUCCCACGCGAAACAGCGGGUCGUGAUGAUGCCAAAUUCAAUUGUGAAUCAGCCUUCACUUUAAUCCCGAAUAUGGGCGGUCGAUUGACACAAGUCACCUGUAGUGUACGAUCACGUUUACACCAGGCAAUCCCAUUGGAUGCUGCGUAUUCUAUCUCGCACAGACUAUUCACAUAUUUAACAACGGAUCAUUUAAAGAGUAAAAUGAAUCAAAGCCUAUAUACUACUACUAACAAAAACAAUUUCAGUAGUAUCCAUGCGACGAAGGACAGGAGAAAUCCUCUGAUGACAAUUAAUUAUCAAGAUAAUUUGGAUAUCUUUUGUCAUCUAUUUCUUUUAAAGUAUGCUGUGAAUCAAGUUUUUGCGCAAUUUUCAAAAUUCGCAUUGAAAUAUACUACACCUGCUACCACGACUAAUAGUAGUGCUACUAAGAUAUUAGAUCAACUUAAACAAAAACAAUUGAAACCGAUAUUAUCCUCAUUGGCUGAAAUUCAAUUGAAUUCAACCAUGUUUGAAUCACGUGUUCAGCAUUCUUCACAUGUAGCUAUGAUUACAAUGCAUACGAAUGGAUCAUUACGGUAUUGGCGUAUAGAUGUUUCAGAGCAUAGUCACUAUCAAUGGAUUGUAAGUAUAUCAGGUUGUUCACGUCUAAGUGGACAUCGUUUUCAUACGAGUACAAUUGUACCGCAUCCUCUGCUACCACUUGCGCUAAGCACAUCACAAUAUGCUCAUAAAGUUGAAGAAAAAUUAAUGCAACAUCAUCAUCCGUCGUCUACAAGCAAGGCUUGUCAAAGUAUAAAUUUUAAUGAAAUUAUUUUAUGGCAUAUCUCAUCAGUUGGUCCUUUAACUACAGGUUAUACAUCUUCCCUGCUAUCUACAAAUUGUCAAUCUAAUUGUCUACAACAUUCCCAGCUGAAUCGUCCCCUACACACUGGUGGUGGUAUGAAUUCUUCACUGACUACUAACAACAUGGACAUUAGUGGAUGUGGUAAUAUUUCAUCCCACGGUGGGAUAUCUGAAAUAGCAAGAUUAAACUUUUCAAAUAUCUCGAAUAAUUCAUGUUUAACAUUCAAGCAUAUUGCAUGGUUUCCGUGUAUGGUGACAACAUCAGCGACAUCGUAUCCUGUCGCCUUAUUCGUCGCAUCACUGGAUACUACUAAUACUACUAAUAUGAGUAGAAAUAUCAGUAGUGUCAAUGCUGUUGGCGAUGAUCAACUUGGCUUAUUUUUAACUUUUUCAAAAUUUAAACAAAUUAAUAAUCAUAAUAAUAAUAAUCAUAGUAACAGUAAUAGUAAUAGUAGACCAAUGAAUGAGACCAAUUCAGAUGAACAUCGUCGAUUGUUGUAUAGUUCACGGAAUUCAGAUACGCUGGGAUGUAUUAUCCAAUUGGAUUAUGAUAUACCUUAUUCAUCAAGUCGAAUGAAAGAUGAUGAUCAAUCUUAUACUGCAGAAACCUUACUGUUACAUGUUUUUCCAAGUCAAUUAAUUAUGAUGAAUAUGGACAAUUGUAAGCCAAGAACAAAUCCAUUAUCUGUUGUCUUACAUACUACUGAUAAUCCAUUGGAGAGUAGUGAGACAGAUUCUGACUGCCUAGAGUCAAAUUCUUCACUAUCAACCUUUUUAAUUGUACGUAUGACACGAUAUACAAUGAAUGGUAAUGAUGAUAAUAAUAAGACAAAUUCUACAAUUUUGACUACUGAAACUAAAGAGACUGAAUUUUGUCGUAUGGAAAUGUGGCGUGUGCUUGUUUCAACUAAUACGAGAUCAUGUAGUCAAACAACACCAACAAUUGGGAGUCUGCUGAAAGUUGUUGAUAUUGAUAAUUUAACGACAUAUAAUAAUUUAAUCACUAAUGCUACAAAGGUAUGUGACUGUAAGCUGAAUCUUCCAUCGAGUGUAUCCAUAAUCUGUGCUCAAGUGUCAGCUGCUCAUGUCAGUUGGGCAGCACUGUCAACCUUCAAUGCUCCACCACCGUAUUUAAUUGUUUCAGCUUGUUCGGAUGGUUGUUUACGAUUUUGGAAAUGUGAAUCAAAUACACCAGAUUAUUCAAUAUCUGAUAAAGCCAAAAGCAAAUUUAUAAAUUUGUUCACGUGGGAUGAAUGGCAAAUGCCUUUGAUGCAAUCAAUGUCAAGUUGUAUUGAAUUACAAUUACAAGGUGACAGUACUACUACCACCACUACGAAUAAUAAUAAUAACACUAGUCCGGAAAUGACUACUACACCCAAUAUUAUUAUAUUGGAUAUGGAUUGUGCAUAUAGUGGCCGAUUGGCUGUCGCGUAUACUACUCAAGAAUUAUAUGACGGGGGUAGAAGCAUUACGACUACUGCUACGAAUACUACUACUAAUAAUAAUAAUACUGGUACUAGGACGAUCUAUGUGACUGUAUAUGAAUGUGAAUCUAGUGGCGGUUGUGAAUGGAUACUAGAAGAUACUAUUGAAUUUACGUCUGCAUUUCCAUUUCAGGAGAAUAACAACAACAACAACAACAGUAAUAAUCUUGAUAAGUUAUCUAUCCAAUUGGAUUGGGUGAAUGCAGAAGACGGUGGACACUUAUUAUCUGUGAUCAUUGAUAAUGAAAUCUUUGUAUUUGCCCCUGUUUGUCAAAAUAUUAAUUUUACGCAUACUACCACUACUACUAAUAAUAAUAAUAAAAAUAAUAAACUAAAAGGCCGACAUCUAUAUCAACCUACACUGAUGACUACACUCGGUGAAGUUUAUAUUGGUUGGAAACCGAUAGCAUGUUCACGUAUCAUGACAGCUGAUUAUCCUGGAACAUUGCAAUCAUCAUCAAAUAUAACUGAGUCAAAUGAUGCUGAAGAACAGUUGGCAUCUUAUUCAUUAUAUGACGUAACAAAGAAGCAGCCAAUUCGUCAGUAUCAUCGCCACAGUGGAGGACAUAAACAAGCAGCUUGGCUACGGGAUGGUUUAUUAUUGGUUGGUGCUAGAACGGAAAUGCAAUUGUUCAGUCAAUGGCCAUCUGAUAGCCUUUUCAGUGUAUUCAAAUGGCAGGUGAAAGUUAAAUCCGAUAAUCCACACGCUGCUAGGGCUGUUACGUCAUCACAACCCAGUAGUAGAACUGGAUCGUUUGAUGCCAACACAUCAACUGACAAUACAGAUGCAACAGUCUCUGGUAGUGCUAGUAUGUCAGUAGCACGUUUAGCUAAGGUGUAUUCUGCCUACCCGUUGAAAUCUUCUCCAUCGAAGUCGUUAUUGCACGCUGGAAGUCAAAGUAAUCUAACUAACCUUACAGGGGUUAAUAGCAGUAGUACAACAACAACUACUACUACCACUACCAAGAAGAUGUCAACAACAGUUGAACCUAAUGAAUAUCAUCGUCAGCUGUCAAGAGAAAUGAGUCAAAUUGAUUUAAGUUGUGCAACAACCGGGGGGAUUGAUGUUAAAUCAAAUGAACAAAUAUUGAAAGAUAUUGAAUUGUUAUCAAAUCUUGGAUUAUUUGAAGCUAUACAGGUUGUUAAUCCAGUUCUUCCACAAUUUCAUCCACGUCAAUUAUUAGAAUGGAUGAAUUUAGGACAUUUACGUCGGAUAAAGGCAAUAUUAGCUCAUUUAACUAGAUGUUUGUCUGCUUUUGGUUCACCAUCAUCGUCAUCAUCGGGUAAACAGUUACAACAUCAUGGUACACCAACAAGUAGUCGUAGAAUGACAAAGGGUAAUUUGAAUUCAGAGUUAACCAACCUUGGCAUGGGUUCAUUCGAUACAUCCAUCAGUGCAGGGAGAACAAGCGGAAAGCCGGGAACAUUACAAUCCAAGGUGGCUACAUCUGCUUCUUCUUCUUCUUCUACUUCAAGUAAUCUUUUAGAAGCUCAAGCAAUUCCACCACUCCCGUUAUAUAUUCUGCUGGCUGUUGACUCUCUACAAGUAACAGAUGUUAGUGCUGAUGUUGAGACUAGCAAACAAUUUGAUCCAUUAAACGAUUGGAAUGAUGAAUUUGGAUCAGUAGAUGAGUCGAAAAUAUUUGAAAUACAAGAUGAUGACUUAAAUUUCAAUGAAGAAGAAGUCGCUGAUGGAGCUUCAUUGAAAAGUCACACAGAAUCCAAACAAUCCUUAUCGAAUUCAUCUACACAAAAAGCAUCACAAUUUUAUGGUUUUAGUAUAUGGUCGUUGAAACCGGCUGCAUUAGCGCGUAGUAUCCAGUUUUCUGAAGAUGAUGCUCGUAUACUAGCUGAACAUCUAUCCACUCAACAACUACCUGGUCUAUCACCAUUAGAUCAAAUGUAUUUACUUGGCAUAGCUGAUUUAAUGGCUAAAACACAUUCAGAUAUUACGGAUUGUUUAUCAGUGGGCAAUUAUACAAGACGUGAUAGUAAACAGCAUCAUACUUCAUCAUCAUUACCAAAACAAGCAUCAAUUAAGGAUAGUUCUACUAAACAAGGCUUAGAUGAAUGCGGUCUACGAUUCCUAUUGACUGUUCAACUCUACUCGUAUUUGAGUAAAACACUCCCGCCGGCUCGUAGAGCUCAACUCCUUUCGUCUGGUUUAACUAAUUCUAGUCUUGUAUGGGCUUAUCAUUCUGAUUCACAAGAAGAGUUGUUAUCACGUUUACCAAUUGCUGCUGCGACAACAACAACUACUACUAAUACUACUACAGGCGGUUUCAGUAGUAUAGAUGCUUUAGAGCUAAAUUGGCCUGAUUUUAAACGAUAUGGUUGUGGUUGGUGGAUUCGAAGUGAAAGUUUGCUAAUCCGAUGUGCUGAAAAGAUGGCGCGUACCGCAUUUCAAACCACUAAAGAUCCAAUGGAUGCUGCCGUGUUCUACUUAGCUAUGCGUAAAGCUAAAAUGGUAGCUGCACUAUUCAAAACUACUGGAAAUAAAACAUUGGAGAAUUUCUUCCGUUCAGAUUUUACACCUGGUCAACCAGCCUGUCGACAGGCAAAGUUGAAUGCCUUUCGUCUACUUAGUCAGCAUAAAUAUCUUCAAGCGGCUGGAUUAUUUCUGUUAGCUGGUUGUCUAGAAGAUGCUGUACGCGUGUGUUUAGAUACUUUGAAGGACUUACAAUUAGGUGUUCUGAUAGUACGACUGUAUACAUCAUCGUCACCUGGAAUAUCAGGACAUACAACAGUAUCUGCUUAUCAUGAUUUCCUUAGACAACAUUUAAUCAAACAUGAGGAUCCAUUUUUAAGAAGUAUGGCUUUUUGGAGUUUAGGUGAUCCAUUAGCUGCUUUACAGACUUUACUGGAAGGUCCUGGAAUCCUAGUGAAUACUGAUAAUUCAGGUAUUCCAGUCAAAAGAGACAGCAUAGUCCAAUCGGUUCAACAGAGUCCACAACAUCCACGACAUUUAUCUGGUAAUACUAAUCUAACUCCUGGCACUGGUUCUUCUUCUUCUUCUUCAACAACAACAACACCAACAAAAUCUGUCUGUCCAAGUGUCUUUAAAUUCUACACCUAUUUACAAUCACAUCCACUGGUUUUACGUCAACAACGUAUAGAAGCAGCGAGUCUUAUCGAUUCUGGUACUGUAUAUCGUGUGAAGAGUUUAGAGAGACGUUUAUACUUUCGAACUGCUCAUCAUUAUUUUGUGUUGGGAUGUCCAACAUUAGCACUUGAAGUGCUUACGAAACUACCACCUCUUGAAUUAGUGACUUUUUCAUCAAAUAUGGAUCCUAUGCGUAGAAUGUCAACUGGUGGUGGCGCUGUGACUACUCCAUCUUCAACAACAUCUAGACGUCAAUCAGAAAUAUUGUCGGGACAUGUUGUUGCCCAAUCGGAAAUUUCUACAAAGAAGGAAAGUGUGGAAGAGGAUGACGAUAAUCUGUUCACCUUGUCAUAUGAUGAUCCUAUUCAAAAGUAUGAAUCAGCAAAAUCACAAGAUCAAUUCACUCUUCAAUGGAGUGAUGAUGAUGAGGAUAAGGAAGACGACAAGGAUAAUGGUCAUAAGGAUAAAAUUGAAGGUGCUGUUGAUAAGUCUACAAGAAAUAAUUCUAUUUCUCAACAGCAACAGCAACAACAGACCACAUCUCAAUCACUGGAUGAUUUCACUAUUGAAGGUCGAGGAGUUGUUGAUUUAAUAGCCAAUCAACUGAAGUUUAUUGCUUGUUUAAAAAUACUGGCUGAAGAAUUGAGUACACUGGCAGCUGGAGCUGAGUCUGAAGGUGUAUCUCUUCGUCAACAUGUAUGGCAAUGGCUUGAAAAUGAAUUGGCUGUUGUAAAUUCUUUAACUGGUCUAAGCAAGUCUUCUACUUCCACACCUACUGGUGAAAGAAUAACAGAACACAAUACAAGCGUCAUUUCUUCAGAUAAUUCUGAAUACUCUGGUCCGUUAACUUCAACAUCGUAUUUAUUAACAACUAGAAAUACUGGUUCUGUUUUAGCUGGUAUAUUUAUGAGUCUAUCGAAUGUUUCAUCAGAGAUACGGGAGGCAGAAUUGAAACGAUUGAAAACACGUUAUGAUUGGAUAAAAACUCAUGAAACCUUUUUAACAUCAUUAAUUAAUUUCUGUGAUUUAUACGGAUCAAGUGGUAUGCGACUGCCAGCUGUACGUAUUGAAUUAUCCCUCUUGUUGAAUGAAUUGUAUUCAUCAGCAUCAUCACCAUCAUCUUGUCUACCCGCUAAUCAAUCAACUGGACAAUAUUCAGCUUACAAAUCCGACAGUAAUCUUGUUGCGCAUAAUGGUGCUGGUAUCGGUGGGGGUUAUUCUCCUUCACCACUGAAUUCAUGUUGGCCUAUGUCAGCUGUAGCCUUAAUCGAUGGUAUUCCAUUGCUACGUACAGUGAUGCGUUUACCGCCUGGUGUAUUACUGUUGCCUGAUUCAGUGAAGCGAAUCAAGUAUAUGGUUCAUGAUUUGAUCACAUGUUUGGAACUUUUGCCUCCACCAUUUCUGGUUAGUGUUCUCCUUCCCUAUCCAUAUCGUUCACCACAUGCACAUCACCAUCAUAAAUCUACUACUGGUAAAAAGUUGAAAUCACAUACUUCUGGAAAAGCGUCUACCACGUCAGCCUCUCAAUUAUCUACUUAUUAUUGUCCUGAUUGUAUUUGGACGCCAACAGCUGAUCGUCAGCGCAGAGUGUACCUUUUGCGUAAUUUAUGCGCUGCAUUAUCUGCAUGUAUUCAUCAGUGCCUAUCUGUUGGUGGUUGGCUUGGUCUUGGUUACCUGCUGGAUGAAAAUUCAAUGAUGAAUAAUUCGUCGUUGACAAAAGUAUUCGCUCUACCAGCGACAAGUUCUAUCAAUGCUCGUUCAGUUGAUCGCCUAUGCGUUUCUGGUCAAGUAUUUAGACCAAACACAGAACCUGCUAAGUGGCCUGGUCUUACAUGCUUGAAGAGUUAUACUGAUCCACAGAUACAAACCAGUGCCAUCCAUCCGAGUCAUAUGAUGCGUAUUGCAUCAUCAGCACAAAAUUUAUCCGAACGUGGGGAAUCUGCUAUGCUAUCAACACCUCCAGUAGUCAUUCAGUCGGUUGACCGGCGUCGAUUAAUUGGCCUGCUAGCUCAAGCUUUAGCUGCCUCCUAUUUUGGUCUACUUGUUUAUGCUUUAUACACUCGUGAUACAUCUAUCCUCUACCGGUUGGCAUGUGCACGUUUAGACUCCAAAACAUGGAGUCGUGUAUUCGGUGGAACAUACAGAGCUAAACCUUAUCGUCCACCAACACAACCACCCGGCAGCAAUAUUAGUAGUAGCUCGGUAACAUUCAAUUUAAAGACACCAACGACAACAGCAACAGAUAAGAAGGGUGUUGCUCCGCCUCCACCGAAACCACCAAGUCGACCUAAACGACCAAAUCCAAUUUCUGGUAGACAUGACAGAUCAAAAUCACGUAGUCCUGAAAAAGCUGUCACGAAGGCUAGAGAUCGUGCAGUUGCAGCUCUUGAAGUUGCAUCGAAGAUUGGCAGUCCACCAAAAUCAUCUGUGCUAACUAGUCAACAUAUACGCUUUCUAGCGCAUGCUGAAGCUGCUGCUAUAGCCGACUCAAAGAGUGAAACAUACAGACCAGAUACUUCAGACAAUAGGUCUGCCUCAGGUGAACAACAGGCGACAACGGGAGACCAACAACAACAGCAGCAGCAACAGCAACAAGCAUCUGUUAGCCCUGAUGAAUGGUUCAUCUUUGCACAGUCUUCCAUACUAUCAUGUCUUCUUGAACGUCCUCCUAAACAAACCGAUUUACCUGCUGACGUUGAUCCAAAUCAUGUGAUGUAUGAUUCUGACGUAAGUGAACCAUCAGUAAAUACUACCAGUGGAGGUGGGGAAUACUAUACAUACCAGGAGGCGUUAACUAAACAUCAACAUUGUAUAAAUCGUGUUCGCCGAUUUAUUAAACAAUCUCAACGGAUAAAACAACGUAAAUCCUUGCAACAUCGUGUUAAACAUUCACUACAUUAUAGACUAACUGGAAAAUUUACAAAUAGAAGUCAUGAUGAUGAGGAUGCCGAUGGCGCUGAAGAGGACGAGGAGAAGGAUGGGGAAUGCCAUGAUCUCACAGACAAAGAUGACAGUGAUCUCGAUGAGGAUGCUGGAGUUGUUGGAAAGGAUAAAGGCGUUAUACCAAUCGAUAAAUUAUACCUACCUCCAAUAUCAUCUUUAUCGUCAGCUCCAGAAGCGAAAACCACACAGUCGUCUGUUUCACACGAUAGUAAUUUAAAUCAAUUAUUACAAAAACUAUCGUCUGAUUUACAACCUCAAUGGAUACUGAGACGACUUCAUUUAAAUCCAGAUUUUACGGAUACAUGGUGGGGUAGUGAAUUAGAAUGUGAAUUCUAUGCCGCACUGAAUGAAUUGACUACUGAAUCGACAGAAAAAGGACAAACAAGAGCGACAACGGCAACAACAGCAACAAGCUUGAAAGAUUUCUAUGAUUACAUGUCAAGAAGUGGUGAUACCGGGGGUGAUAACAAUCCUCCUCCUUCUGGUAAUGAUGAUUUUAAUGAGGAAGACGGUGGAGGUGCUGGCGGUGCCGAUGAUGACGAGGAUGAUGAUGAGGAGGAUGAUAAUUUGAUUGUCGACCCACUUGGUUAUCGUAAAUUAACUAUAUUUGAAAGAGAACGUCAAUGGGCGCAUAGUGAUAGUUAUGCUUGGAGAUUAAUUCGUCUAGGUUUAAUGCAAUUGGCUAAACGUGAAUUGAAUAGACUUAUACAAAUAGUUGAUUUUAAUAGUGAAGAUUUAGCUGUCUAUGCACCAGGCUUGAUGACAUUAACUCGUCAAGUCGACUGUUGGAUAACUGGUUAUCGACUAGAGUUGACAUCACCGCCAGCAAUUAAUCCAGUACAGUUGAAAUUAGGACUUAAAGGCUUUAUUGAUGAACAUCUUAUUCCAUCAGCAGAAUUUCUACCAAAUAUUGAUGAAGAUAUCACGGCGUCUGGUUUACAGUCUAGCAUUGCUACUACUACUACUACUACUACUAUCAGUGGUAUCAGUAAUAUAAGUAGUGCAAAGAACACUAAUGAAAUACCCAAUGAAUUAUCACAUUCACAAGCUGCAGCACGAUCUAUGUUACGUAUGAAAAAAUUAUUGAAUACUAAGAAAACACCUUUUCAAACACACGAUCCCUUCUCUUUACCUGUAAAAUGUCUGUGGUGUUAUCUGGUAAGACAACCAGAAGUAGACGACAUGUUCCUACGACAUAUAUUCCGUAAACCAUGUGUUGUCCAAUCAACAAUUACAUCACAGAUUAAAUUCUCCUUACCAACUGGAUCGUCUAACAUCUUAUCUGGAAUGGCUAAAUCAACAUCAUCAUUGAAUUUAAAGGGUAUUACAUCUUCUAAUUCUAAUAUUGGCAUGACUGGCUCUAAUACUCCUACUCCUAGCCAUACUACCGCCACCAGCACCACCCUUUCUGGAGGUGUUUUACUGACGGAUAUGUCAAAAUCCUCGGGAAAACAAACUCGUACACAACAACAACAACAACAACAGCAAUCUCAAGCUUCAAGUGGAAAUCAAACCAAUUCAACUGCUUUACUUCUAGAUGAUGCUGUCCGCCUUAUUCAUAAAGAACACGAUCCACUUAUUGCUAUGUGUAUUAAUCAGGUUAACUUCAAUGCAAUAGCAAUAGCUACACCGAAAGAGAUUAUUGAAUUAGAUAUUGAAAAUUUAGUCAAUUUACCACCAUGGUAUGCUGAUGAAGUUGAAUACGACUUGGAGUCAAUGCGUCGUCCUCAAACACGUCGAUAUCCUGAAGGUGGAACUGAUGAUUUUAUUGUUUGUGAUACCGCUGGCGGCAGUGGUGGUGGUAGUGGUACCUCAACGAAGUAUGGUGGUGUUGAUCAUCAUUCAUCAGAGAUGACUACAGCAUCGAAUAUAACAUCAUCAUCAACAAGUGGAUUAUCCUCGGUUGGUGAUAGUAGCUCUUCUGGUUCAGGUUCACAUGUGAUAUUGAAACGAACACUUCCAGCUGUCUACAGUUUAGCAUCGCAUCCAACAAUGCCAUAUUAUUUAUCUGGUACAGGUACUGGUUCAGUGCAUAUGUUCGAAUGGUCAACACCUGUCCCUGUUGUUGCUGGUUUUACAAACACUUUCAGUUUGACAGCUGCUGGUGCAUCAGGACAAUUUCCGGCGGGUUCUAGAGGUGCUCGUGUCACAGCACUACAAUUCGAUGAUAGUGGAUAUCGAUUUGGUUGUGGUGAUGCUGAAGGGAAUUUUGGUCUAUGGAAUUUAUAUUCAACUAUGCCAGGGAAAUUGCCAUACUUUCGUUGUCGUUGCCAUGCUAAAGGUUUAGCUGAUUUCUGUUUCUUAGGCUGUAGCAGUCUGAUAGCUACAGUCGGUAAUGGUGGUAUAUCUACAGCAUCGUUUACAAGUAGUGGACUUGUUGAAAGCACUGGUUCCAGUGGUGGUGGUGGUGGUACUGGGGGUAUAGCACAAUUCACUUCUUCUUCUUCUGGAAGUGGUAGCAGCAGUUAUUCUUCUGGUGGUGGUGGUGGGAAUAUCAGUUUAGAUCAAGAUGCUUCUCAUUUGACGCUAUGGGAUACAUUGUUGCCAGUCAAUCGAUGUGGUGUUAUUCGUGUUCUUGAUCCUGAAUUGGAUGCCCCGUGCACAUCAAUAGCCUAUUGUGGUGCAUUUUCACAAGUGAAUCGUUGGCCACACAGUACCAGUAGUAGUGGCCUUUAUAAUAAUACUGCCGAAACUUCGACGUCUUCGUCGUCUACAAAACGUCUUUACACUAGUGACCGGACUGUAAUUGUUGGCAAUAAAAAUGGUGAUGUCUGUAUUGUUGAUUUAAGACGACCAAAAGUAUUGCAUAAGUUUUCAGCGCAUGAAUCAGCUGUACGCACACUGUGUAUUGAUACUAUGACAGAUUGUCUAAUGACUGGAGGAGCUGAUGGAAUUGUUAAAAUAUGGAGAUUAUCUGAACAAGAGCUGAUUACCAGUUUCUGUGGUGAUUUAAAUCCCACACGUGGUGCUGCAGUUGUCGCUGCUGCUGCCUUAUUCCGUGGGAAUCAGUCGGCGGCGAUUAUUGCUGCUACAAAUCCAGGCAUAUCAGAUAUACGUCUGUUGCCGACAGUAACAGGUGCAUCAUUGCUACAACGUCAUCAUUCGUCGAACAACACAAUCACUGCAACAACUGCCAGCAGCAGCAGUAACAAUAAUCCUUUCAUAAAAGAAUAUGAUCCAUCUAUUGUGGAUCUAACUGAUUCAACUGGUGGUCAUCAGAAUCAAAAACACUCGAUAACUGCUGCAUCGAUAGCCUGUCGAUUCUUAAGCUGUGGAGCUGACGGUGGUCUACGUAUGCGUUCAUUGGUUGUUCGUCCAAAACCUUAUAUGGUGUAUUAA